AUGCAGUACUCUCACUUAUCAGCCUCUGGCGAGCGUAGAGACAUGGACACUCCAAACACGGUAUUCAUCAUCUUUCCCAGCCCAGGCCAGACGGUUGAGCAGCUUUCAUUUCAGACACCCUUCCAGUCGCACCAGAGUAUCGGUCAAGCCCUGGGCCCUCAUAUGGCUAACCAGCCUCCCUAUACCCGGCAGGAUAGCUAUAACCAUCGCAUCUCCCCACAAAGCCAAUCACCGCCCACACAGCUCACCUUUGUGAAUACUCCAGUCGCUGGUCCCUCGUCUGCAGGGGCGGCAGCCAAGCGAAAGCAGCCGCAAUCAGAUAGCCUUUUGAAUGGCCAUGUCUCCAAGCGAAGGAGAGAAUUGGAGGAAUCGCCGACGACGGCAAUAACAACGGAGAGUUAUGAUGAUUCAAGUGGCUCUGGGGCCAAGCACUGGACAGAUGAGGAGAAGACUCUGCUAUUCCAGUGGUUAAUGGCGCCAGCUCAUGACGAUCACUGGAAUGCUCUUCGAGCCACAAAAAAUUCAUGUCUGCGAGAGUGUGCGGUGGAGGUGUUUGCAAAUAAGAAGACGUAUCAAGCGCUCAAAGGCUGCUAUGAACGCAACUUCAAUUUGUUCAAACAGAUCUACGCUUUCGAGACGUUUCAUCAGCAGGCAGGGACUGGGCCAAUGAACCUACAAGGGGAGGGCGAACGAGUGCGUGAGUACGAAAGAAGACUCGGGUUAGCACGGAGAGGCGGGUGUGAUGUGGGCAAUAUCUCAGCGCGGGUUGUUGACCACUGGCAUCGCAUAGGCUGGUAUGAACUUUUUUUUCGCAGGUAUGAUGAUGUGUCUGUUCUCACAACGCCGACCUCACACGAAGCAAGGUGGAAUGGAGAUCCUGUCGCUGUUGCGCGAACGUUGCCAUCGAGGGGUACCACAAACGGCAUUGGGGAAGAAGGCGAUGUCGACGAUGACCAGACACUCGACUAUUCAAGCUCUCCACAUCCACAACCACCCCAACCUAUUUUACAUCAGCAUAUCCAACAGCAGCAACAAUAUGUGUCAUAUGUCAGUCCACACCAAACAUUGCGCGACCCUCCUCCUACACAGCCACCAACAUCGACCCUCAGGUCAUCACCCCCUCCACUUGCACCACCAGUCCAAACGCCAAACCCACCCCCGAUCGUUCCAGCGGCUGCCUCAGAGCAGGUUAUUAUGACGGUUCCGGUCACACAGGGAUUGAUGUCUGCCUAUCUACAACUCCUCCAAAUGCAGACACAGACGGGGAAGCAAAAACUUGAAUAUUUGCGGCGACGGGAAGAAAGGGAAGAAAAGGAUAGUCUCCAUCGAAGGGAGACGGAAAGAUUACGGUCGGAGCGGGAGAAGGCCGAAUUUGAGCACAACAAACAGACCGCCAAUAUUAAAGCGCGAGCAGACCGCGCAAUCGAGGUUCUAGGGAGCCCGAUGUUGGAUGCGUCGUUGAAGCAGGCCGCUGGGGACUACUUAAAGAAACUAUUCAGUGAGGGAUAA